AUUUAUGCCAAGCUAAACCAACACCUGAACUUCUGAACAAACAAAAAUCAAACAUAAGAAAAAAUAAAAUCUGAAUAAACACGUGAAUUAAUACAAGAUUUUAAAAUAAGUGUCAGAUCAUUUGAAGAAGUAUGAAUGUGUUGGUGUGUUGUCGUGUAAUACUGUGCCUAACAGGAAUCGGUUUAUCCGUCUAUGCUCUACACGUGGAGUUAUCUAAGACCCAGGACGAUAACUACAAGGCUUUAUGUGAUAUCAGUGAACACAUGAGCUGUUCAAAAGUCUUUGCAUCCAAGUAUGGCACAGGUUUUGGACUAGUUGAACCAGUACUCGGAAAAGACUCACCACUGAAUAUACCAAACAGUAUCUUUGGAAUUGUAUUCUACUCUCUCGUUUGUAUCUUAGGUCUUUUCAAAAGUAAAUUUGCAGCCAUGACAAUAUUUCUAUUUUCUGUAACAUCCUGUAUAGGAUCAGUCUAUCUUGGGUACAUACUGUACUUCGUUCUACAUGAUGUAUGUGUGGUGUGUAUAUCAACGUACAUUGUUAAUGGUCUACUGUUUAUUAUAAAUUUUAUUUCUUUACGAAAAGCUUCUUCAGUGAAAAAGUCAAAGAGGGAGUGAAAAUUAAAGAUGCAGUAAGAUUUACAUUGAUGAUAUGUUACACUCAUUUGUACCGCAUGCAUAUCAACUUCGUGAUUCUAAAAGACCAAUUUAGCUUGGGUCUAAUGUUUUUUCUAUUUCAGACCACGUUAUUCCCCUGAGUAUUAUUCCUUUGUUUAACAGUUGAGCAUGAGGAGAAACUUGGUUAUAAAUCCAACUCAAAUGAAAAAAUAUCUCAUUCUUAAGAAAAUGACACGGGGUUUGAAAUGUAGAAACAUUACUGGCAUUACAUGAAUCUGUCGUAUGUCGUAACGUCUGUUCAUAUUUCAUGUUACUUUCUACAACUUCUUCCAGGACUUUUUGAUUUGUAUCUUUGUAGAAAAUAGAGACUCUAGGAUAGAACAGGGAUCCUUGAGCUCAAGCAUUGCAGGGUAAACAAUGCCAUGCAAUCGUCCCUUAGCUAGCAGUUGGAGCAGUAUUACUAUAUUCAUCCUGUACACAUCUACGCUUCCCACCACAAACUAUCCUCACAGCCUUGCGGUACUUUGGAACUCGGAAUAUCAAAACUAAAGGAUCCAAUAAAAACUUCAGGAAUAA